GUUGGAGAGGCAAAAACCCAACCCUCCAUCUUAAACUUCAAAAACAGAAAAAGACAAGCCCAUUAUUACAUUACUCGGCCUCUUCUUUCUGUAUCUUCGCGCCGCCGCAGAACUCUGCUGCUGAGUGCUCCUCCUCCUCCUCCUCAUCCAUUUCCGUUGCUUUCUACUGGGCGGAUUUGUCAUCUCAUCAUCGAUUUCUUUCGUUCUGGAAAUGGGAAUCCUUCGGACUUCUUUGCUUCCCAGCAAUCCCCUACUCGCGGAAGCUUCCCUCUCACAAAAACCCAGCAGUUCCCACAAACCCAAGUUCAAAUUUCAAGCUUCCACCGCCACUACCGUCGUUUCCGCCACCGCCACACUCUCAAGCCCACCAAACCCGAAAGCCCAUCUCCCCCUUCCCGCCAAAAAGACCGCCAAAGUCAGUCACAACCCAGAAGCUGCUCAACCUAGUUCUGAGAUUGGUCGCUGCCUUUCUUUGCUAAAGAGCAACCCUUUGUCCGACUGUAGACAAAUUCAUGCCCAAGUUCUGAAGUUGGAAGCGUUUGAGGAUAAUGGUUGGGUAAGAAACAAGCUCGCUAUGCUUUACUCUAAGAAUAAUGAGUUUUUAGACUAUGCACGUAAAAUGUUCAAUGAUAUUCCCAACAGAACUGUACCCACUUAUGCGGCGUUGAUAAGCGCGUAUUGUCGGUCGGAGUGGUGGGAAGAUUUGUUUUUGGUGUUUAAGUUGAUGGUUGAUGAGGGCGUGAUGCCUGAUAAAUAUGUUGUGCCUACGGUUCUGAAAGCGUGUGCUCUGGUGAGGAUGUUGAGGAUUGGUAAGAUGAUUCAUGGGUUUGUGAUAAGGAAGGCUUUGGAUUCCGAUGUUUACGUGGGGAAUGCGCUUAUUGAUUUUUAUGCCAAUUGCGGGGACUUCAGAUCUGCAAUGAGUGUGUUUGAUGCAAUGAGGGAAAGAGAUGUGGUUUCGUGGACUGCCCUUGUUUCCGCUUUCAUGAAUGAAGGCAUUUUUGAAGAGGCAAUAGAGGUUUUUAAGUCCAUGCAGCUGAAUGGUGUCAAGCCUGACCUGAUCUCUUGGAAUGCGCUUGUAUCGGGGUUUGCUCGGAAUGGAGAGACUGAUUUAGCUCUUCAGUAUUUGGAAGCGAUGCAGGAAGAAGGGUUGAGGCCGAGGGUUGGUACUUGGAAUGGGAUAAUUUCCGGUUUUGUUCAGAAUAACUUUUUCGAGGAUGCUUUGGAAGUGUUCUAUAAUAUGAUAUGUUUCCCCGAGGAUCCAAAUUCUGUUACAAUUGCAAGCAUUUUACCAGCUUGUUCAGGCUUAAAAGAUUUAAACUUAGGCAGGGCUGUUCAUGGAUUUGCUCUAAAGCGUCAGCUUUGUGGGAACAUUCACGUGGAGGGUUCGUUAAUUGAUAUGUAUUCAAAAAGCGGGAUGAAAGAUUAUGCGGAGAGAAUUUUUUCCAAGGCUGAGAGCAAAAGCAUUUCUAUGUGGAAUGAGAUGAUUGCAGCUUAUGUAAAUGAAGGAGAAGCAAAUAAGGGGUUAGAGCUUCUUAGAGCGAUGCAUCAUCAUGGCUUAAAACCUGAUGUUGUAUCUUAUAACACAAUAUUGACCGGCCAUGCAAGAAGCGGGCAAAUAAAUGAGGCAUAUGAGUUGCUUUAUGAGAUGGUCCGGAUGGAUUUGAAGCCAAAUAUUAUUUCUUUCAACAUUUUAAUUUCUGGUUUUCAACAAUUUGGGCUUAGUUUUGAAGCUUUACAACUGUUCCAGACCAUGCGAGCCUCAUCGAGUGGUUGCUUUGGAAAUGAUGUGCUCCAUGAGUCAAUUCAACCGAACUCCAUUACUAUUGCUGGUGCUCUUGCAGCUUGUGCUGAUCUCAAUCUACUAUGUCAAGGGAAGGAAAUCCACGGAUACUUGUUGAAGACUGGCUUUGAGCAUAAUAUCUAUGUUUCAAGCGCAUUGAUCGACAUGUAUUCAAAAUGUCUUGAUAUUGUUUCAGCGACUAAAGUAUUUAGGAGAACUGAGGAUAAAAACACAAUCUGUUGGAAUGCUUUGAUUGCAGGCCAUGUCAACAACAAGCAGCUGGACCGAGCUCUUGAACUUUUCGGUGAAAUGCUGGAAGAAGGUCUUGGACCAAGCUCUAUUACGCUUAUGAUACUUCUCCUUACUUGUGGUGAUACAGAAGCUCUGAGAUUUGGAAGAGAACUACACGGCUAUAUCAUAAAGAGUCAUCUUGAUCAGUCUAAUUAUAGCCUUGCAAUUGCCUUGAUAGGCAUGUAUGCUAAUUGUGGUAGUAUCAAGGACGCCAAAUCAGUCUUUGACUUUGAAGUUAAAGGGGAUACUUCUGUAUUGAACUCCAUGCUUUCUGCUAAUUCAACUAACGGAACAGCCAAGAAGGCCCUUGCCUGGUUUGGGGAGAUGCAGUUAGCGGGGAUUGAGCCACAGUUAUAACCAUUACUGUAGGCUUUGAGCUUGUGAUCAUGAUAGCUUAGUGGAAGAAGGAUGAAUGUGUCACUAAUGAUUGAAGAACUAACUUUGUGCUCUUUGAGCUUCUCUUUCAGGCAUAUAGGUGGUUAAUUAUUUGGGUAGUGCCAGUUUUGAUUUCCCCAUAAUCAUGUUUUGGAAAACCAAAAUUAGCAGAUGGAAAAGUUUUCAGAUGCUAAUCCUCCAAUUUAUAUGCCUAAGAAUUUGAUAUCUAUCGACUGCCAGAGAUCAGCCAAAGUAAUAUAAGAUUGAUGAGAGGGGAGAUGUCUAUGCUUCUAUCACCAUAAGAAGGCGAGAUAACCAAGUUAUAAGUUUUGGAAGUUACUUCCUGACAAUGGUGACAUCUGUGCUGGAGUCAUAAAGAGCAUACGAAAAACAUUUGGGGAAGCAUCAAAAUUUGGUGUCUUUCCAAAUUGAGCUUCAAUGUUGUUUGAUCAAGGCAGAGUUCUUGUGCAAAAUUAUCACAAGCAUGCAGAAAAAGGCAAGUUUAGAAGGUUCCUGCACUGGUCAUGCUAUAAGCUUACCGGCUGGAGGCUGCAAGGCAACAGAGUUAUCUUCCUUGUUAAAGAGGUUUUGGCUAUUUGUAUUCCUACAUUGUUGCGGAUAUGUGACCUUCCAAGUUUGCUCUUAAGAAGAUAUUUAUAAGUGCAGAUUUUCACUGUAGGAAGCACUCACCGUGACAUUCUCCUGAGUGUUCAUGUCCCAUAAGAAGCAAGAACACAGAGAAGGGUUCAAGUAUAUUUAUGCCCCCUGGCAUUGGUACACAUUCAGCUGAUCAGAAGCUCCGAAGAUUAUGGCCAAGAACUAGUAAAGUCGUGGAUAGGUCCGCCAGGGCUCCUUUGCUUGGAAUCAAAGUACCUUCCGACCUGUCUUUCAAUGCUAGCCUUCAACACUUUUUAGCACUCUCCAUUGUUGUCUGGCUGCCCUUGUUUGACAACGUGCAAGGCACACGGGCUUCGUUGCUCAGAUUUGAAUGCAAAGCCAGAAAUCUGCAUAACCAGACUUUCAUGCUACCCAUUAUCAAAUUUGAAGUCUCAAAACCACUUGUUGAGGCAUAGAGAUAUAGGGUGUUUGGACAUGUAUGUAUAUAUUUUCAUUCAUAUCAUUAUUUGAUAAUUAAAAAGUGAAUGGAAUCAAAGAA